AUGGGGAGAGAAAUCAAUAUUCCAAAAAUUUCAGUAAUCGGAAGUGCAUUAAUUUUGGGUUUAUUCUCUAUUAGUUUCCAAAUGUCAAUUGCAGGGAAGCAGACUUACAUCGUUGGCAUGAUCAAAGACAUGAAGCCGGCGAGUUUCUCUGAUCACAGCGAGUGGUACGCCUCGUCACUGGCCUCCGUGUCUAACACGGCCAAGCCAAUCUAUAUUUACAACCAUGCAUUUCACGGCUACUCCGCAAUCCUCACUCACGAGGAGGCUGAGCUCAUGAAGGCCCAGCCCGAAGUGUCGUCCCUCAUCCUCGAAAAAAUCUACAGGCCCCUCACGACCCGAACCCCUUUCUUUCUGGGUCUCGAAAACCUGACUGCACAGUCCAAACUUCCCAAUCCUGAAAAGGUGAGUGACCUUACCAUCGGAGUCUUGGACACGGGCGUCUGGCCCGAAAGUCAGAGCUUCCGAGACAAUCACCUUGGCCCCAUCCCGAAGCGCUGGAGAGGGCGGUGUGAUGUCACACCCGAUUUCAACAAGUGGAGCUGCAACAAGAAGUUGAUUGGGGCGAGGUCAUUCUUAGAAGGCUACCGGCAACAUCUCAAUCUAACAGGGAAGCUUCUUGAGGAGCCAAUAUCCCCUCGGGACUACGAUGGUCAUGGGACCCACACAUCGAGCACGGCUGCAGGGUCCGCCGUCCCCGGGGCCAACCUGUUCGGCUUUGCCAACGGGACGGCACGAGGGAUGGCGGUCGCUGCUAGGAUCGCCUCGUACAAGGUCUGCGGGCAGUCUGGCUGUCCCACCUCCGACAUACUGGCCGGCAUGGACGCUGCCAUCUGGGACGGCGUCGACGUCCUGUCCUUGUCGCUGGGCGGCCCUCCUGAAGACUACUACAUGGACCCGGUUGCGAUAGGAGCUUUUGCUGCGACGGAAAGAGGCAUCCUCGUCUCGUGCUCCGCGGGAAACAGCGGCCCCGCCAAAUCCAUCAUAUCCAACGUUGCGCCGUGGAUACUCACCGUCGGCGCGGGGACCAUCGACCGUGAUUUCCCAAAGAAGGUCACGCUCGGGGACGGGAGAACGUUCACCGGCGUGUCUCUCUAUGUCGGCCAGAGCAAAUCGUUCCGAGCACUCGCCUACGCUGCCAACGUGAGCAUUGACGGUACUAGCCUCUGCACCAACGGGUCCCUCAUCCCCGCAGAAGUGAAAGGUAAGAUUGUGUUGUGUGACCGUGGGGUGAAUGCCAGAGUCGAGAAAGGCCUAGUGGUGAAAGAAGCCGGGGGAAAAGGGAUGGUUCUGGCCAACACCGCAGAGAACGGGGAGGAGCUCGUGGCCGACGCUCACUUUAUCCUGGCUUUGCAGGUCGGCGAGAAGGCGGGCGAUGGGAUAAGAGCGUAUGUUUUGUCCCAAAAGUCCAAGGCCACGGCCAAAAUUGGGUUUGGAGGUACAAAGAUCGGCGUCCAGCCUUCCCCAGUUGUCGCGGCCUUCAGCUCGAGGGGACCUAACCAUAUCACCGUCGAAAUCCUAAAGCCGGACCUCAUUGCGCCCGGGCUGAACAUCCUCGCCGCAUGGUCACGAGCAAUGGGUCCCACUGGCGUAGCCAUGGACACCCGCAAGGUCGAUUUCAACAUAAUAUCUGGCACGUCAAUGGCGUGCCCCCACGUCAGCGGAUUGGCGGCACUGCUGAAGGCGGCCCAUCCAGAGUGGAGUCCAGCUGCGAUCCGCUCGGCUCUCAUGACCACAGCUUACUCGACCUAUAAUGAUGGGAGGACGCUGCUGGAUGUAUCCACAGGCGGGCCGUCUACCCCAUUCGCUCAUGGUUCCGGACAUGUGAACCCCGUGAGAGCCUUGGACCCGGGUCUGAUCUACGACCUAACAACAAGAGAUUAUUUGCAUUUCCUCUGCGCGAUAAGCUACACAUCUUCUCAGAUCAAGAGCAUUGUAAGGACAAAAAAAUUUGAAUGCAACGAACGUGCAUCGUACAGUGUGUAUGACCUCAACUACCCUUCGUUCGCAGCCGCCAUCAAUUCAACUGGAAAGGGUAAAUCCACAGUGGUGGUUUUCACGAGGAAAGUCACCAACGUCGGACAAAACGGGACAAAGUACCAAGUGUCGGUAACUUCACCGAGUCACUCGGCCAAGAUUUAUGUUACUCCUGAUACGUUGGUUUUUCGUCACAAGAACGAAACCAAGUCGUACAAGUUGAAGGUCGUUGCAAAUCCAAUGCCGGCCGGUACAAAUGUGUUCGGCAGCAUCGUGUGGUCAGAUGAUCAGAAGCAUGCUGUGGCGAGUCCGGUUAGUGUUAGUUGGGUCUAA